AUGAGUGUUCACCCGUACGGCUGCGGCCACGCUGAUCCCAACAGCACCACAUCUUCCACAUCCAGUCAAGUUGACACCGAAAGUCUCUGCCCAGACUGUCAAGCCAUCAGUAACAGGCUCAAGGCCAUCUUCAUCCAGCAGGAGGACGGCUGUCUGCCCCAAACAGAAAUAGACCGCGUGUACGAUGAAAUACUGGAUACAUGUUUCGGCCAGGAUGACGCAGCGGAAGCCGACCCGGCUCAGGAGCAGUGCGAGCCAAACCAGGCCAAGAUCCUAGCAGCUGCCCAAGCCUUCGCCUUCAAACUCGAAGAAUCCGACGAAGCGUGGCUGCACGGCAUUGCGGACCUCCGCGCGUUCAAGACCCUGUCCACGGCCUUGGUGGACCAGUACAUGCUGAGGAGAAGAAAGGCUGAGGGGUGGUCCCGGCCCUUCUCUUCCUUCACGUCAGAUACAAGCACGCCCUCCUACCAGAAGAUCAACGAGACGGGUGUGACCUUCUAA